AUGGCGCUUCGUCAACUAAUCCCCGGUUUCGGAGCUCUUGAACGAUCUCCUCCGUCAAUUUUGAUCGGAUCCAGCGGAACUGGAAAUGGCCGUGAAUUCGACGGAAGAGUGAUUCCGAACGUCGGGUCGAUGAAAAAUGUCAGAUUCAACAGACGAAGAGUCGGUCUCAGGGUUUAUGCGAUGAAGAUGAAUUUGAACGAGUAUAUGGUCACGCUCGAGAAGCCCCUGGGGAUUCGAUUCGCGUUAUCAGCAGAUGGCAACGUCUUCGUCCACGCCAUCAAAAAAGGGAGUAAUGCGGAGAAGGCGAGGAUCAUCAUGGUAGGAGAUACACUCAAGAAGGCUAGUGAUUCUUCUUCUGGUGCUACUCUUGUGGAAAUCAAUGACGUUGGUGAUACCCAGAAGAUGCUGGCAGAGACAAGAGGAUCCUUUAGCCUUGUUCUCGAAAGACCAUUCUCCCCGUUUCCAGUUCAGUACCUGCUUCACUUGAGCGACCUUGACCUGCUCUAUAACAGAGGACGUGUGGCCUUUGUCACCUGGAACAGAAAUCUUCUAUCAUCGAAUCUGAGUGGAAACUCUGGCUAUGCUGCUUUUUCCUCCAAAUUCUUUACCUCCCAGGGAUGGAAACUACUGACCAGACACAGCAAUUCCUUACAGUCAGGGACACAGAAGAACAUCCUUUCUCCACCUAUCACUCCACUGGUCUGUGUCUUCUCAGAGGAAGAGCCUGGAGAUGGGGAAUGGGGCUAUGGGAAUUUCCCUUUAGAGGAAUACAUCAAAGCCCUUGACCGAUCGAAAGGAGAGCUGCAUUAUAACCAUGCUCUCGGAAUGCGCUACAGUAAGAUUACAGAGCAGAUAUAUGUUGGUUCAUGUAUACAAACAGAAGAUGAUGUGGAACAUCUGUCGGACGCUGGAAUUACUGCUAUACUGAAUUUCCAAGGUGGGACUGAAGCUCAAAACUGGGGAAUAGAUUCACAAAAAAUCAAUGAGGCAUGCCAGAAUUCUGAUAUCUUAAUGAUCAACUAUCCUAUAAGGGAUGCAGAUUCCUUUGAUCUGAGGAAGAAACUCCCACUCUGUGUGGGGCUUUUACUACGGUUGCUGAAAAAGAACCAUCGAGUCUUUGUUACUUGUACCACUGGCUUUGACCGGUCGUCGGCAUGUGUGAUUGCUUAUCUGCACUGGAUGACUGAUACCUCUCUUCAUGCUGCUUUUAGUUUCGUUACAGGAUUGCACGCCUGCAGGCCUGACAGACCUGCAAUAGCUUGGGCGACAUGGGAUCUAAUUGCAAUGGUGGACGACGGCAAACAUGAUGAGACUCCAACACACGCUGUAACCUUUGUAUGGAAUGGACAUGAGGGGGAGGAUGUAUUGCUGGUCGGAGAUUUCACUGCAAACUGGAAAGAACCGAUAAAGGCAACGCAUAAGGGUGGUCCACGUUUUGAAACUGAAGUUAGGCUUUCACAGGGAAAAUACUACUACAAGUACAUAAUCAACGGUGAUUGGCGGCAUUCAACAAUUUCGCCGACGGAAAGGGAUGAUCGAGGAAAUACAAACAAUAUAAUAGUGGUUGGUGAUGUUGCUAGCGUCAGGCCUACUAUUCAACAACCAAGAAAGGAUGCAAAUAUCAUAAGAGUGAUUGAGAGAGUGUUGACAGAGAGCGAAAGGUUCAGGUUGGCAAAAGCAGCUCGGUGUAUUGCAUUCUCAGUCUGUCCAAUAAGACUAUCCCCAAAGUAG